AUGCCGCAUUCCGUUCACUCACUGGGUGGGAUGGAAACACCCAUCGAAGGAGGCGGGGAUGCGGUAGACUUGUCCUUACGAUAUUGGAAUGCGAAUCAGCCUCGGGCCGCGUGGAGCGAGGAGUGUCCCGAGUUUCUAGAGGGUAUCAGUGAGAAGAACAAAGUGAUACUGUCGAAGCGGGACGAGGAAUUUGACAGAAUUACUUGGGACAAGUGCAAGGAGUUGGUUAGUGAAAAUACAAUCUAUCAAUUCCAGCGCAAUGCGAGUCAGCUUCGAGGCUACCUCGAGUAUAUUCACCAUUUGAAGAAGAAGCAUGGCAGCGUGCUGGAGUAUGUGAAGCAGUUCAGACUUAAGUGGGCAGAUAUUACGUCUUCCGACAAGCCACCAUUUGAAGAUGCCAGUGAUUUCAAGAUCCUGUACAAUGACUGGCCCUACCAUGUCGAUGAGGAUAUCACCCACCUUGUGGUAUGGACAAAGUUCACUAUCGAUGAGGAAGAGCAGACCGGGGAGGUCACACCAGAAGGAAAGAGACAGACUGAGGACUUUAUCAAGAAGACCUUCUUACGCCAAGGUAUAACGAGAGACCAGAUCAUUUGGUUCAAGAACUGGAAGAGCUUGAAGAGUGUACACGCUUUAGAGCAUUUUCAUGUCAUGCUUUACAAAGCACCACGAGAUUUGUUGGAUGAGGUUACCAGGGGAGAUCGACCGACUUCGGAAAGUUGGACUUCUGGGACAGAAUACUCCUACUCUGUGGUCUGAGCAUGUGAUCGUCGAUGCU